GUUUUAAAACAAAGUACAUACAAAAUUACGAGUGUGUUUUAAUUUCAAGCUAUGUAUAAACAAGUUGCAUGUUUCAUUACAGAGUACAAGGUAAAAUGGGAACCAUUUCACCUAUUUCGAUUUCUUCAACUAAUUUAAGGUUUCAUGGCUAUACCAAUUCAUCUUCGAAAUCGAGAAGCUCGAGCUGUGGCACUUUGUGGGUCACUUUCGCAGGCUGUUGUGGGCCACCUUCGACCCAGCGGCUUCAAUUAGAAAUCAAUUUCAAUGGAUUUUCACUUUUUUUGAGCCCACUCCAGCAAAGGCCCAAGGCGCUGCUGAAACUCAGAGAUCAGAAAUCAGAAAUCAGAAAUCAGAAACCAGUAACCAGUAACCAUAAACCAUAAGCCAGAAGAAAUGGCGUUCCGCUUGGUUGAAAAAAGCAAUGGGAUGACCGGCAGAACCCGGUUGAAUACACAAUAUAGCUGGCAGCGAUUUGCGAUUUGCGACUUGCGAUCAAUUGAAUUUCAAUUGUGUGUACACACCAUUUUACCGUUUGCCGUUUGGGGCACUCUACGAUCAUUUGCAUUCCAUUGGCCAGUAUAAAAGCCCCUGAGCCGGGCCAUUAAAAUAUCAGAGCCUGAUUGUCCAGCCAACGGCGAGCAGCAGCAGCAGCAGCAGCAGCAGAAGUCACCGAGAUUUUGGUCCACCCCGAAAAGUUCUCUUCGCCGAGUAGUUUCCCGACAAAGCCAAACCGAAAAGAAGAUGAAGUUGCCAGCAGUAGUGAUCCUUUUGGCCCUCGGCCUCCUGGCCGUGCAGGCGGCUCCCGAGAAGAAGCUGACCCAGAAGACGCACCAGGUCGAGGAGAAGGAGGUGGCCAGCGGGGCAGCAGGAGCUGCCGGCGCCAAGGAUCCCUCCAGCGGCAGGCUCUUCCUGAAGAAGUUCCUCACCUUCAAGAAUCUGUUUAGCAGCAGCAACCAGCCGGUGAUUCCCAUCAUCAUCACGGGUGCGGGCACGGGCACGGGCACGACCACGAACACGGGCACGGGCACCUCGCCCACGGUGACGGUGACCUCGACGGGCACGAUUCCCUCGGCCACGGGCACCAUCACCACCUCCCCCACAACGAGCCCAACGCCCGUAAGGGCCUUCGGGCCAACGAUUGUGAAGGGAGCCCGCUACGGUAGCGACGACCAGGACGAGGACCAGGACCAGGACGGCGAGAAGGAGCAGGACCUCGACCAGGAGCAGGAACAGGAGCAGGAGGCGCAGCUGCCCGCCCAGGCCUAUCCCGCCGAGCUGAUGGACGAACAGGCGCUGCAGGCCGCCCUCGCAGCCGGCGCCCAGGAGUACGAGGUGGUCACCGAGCAGGAGGUCCAGGGCACCGCCGGAUCCGCCAGCUUGGCCGGCACCGAGAGCAAGGCCACCCAGAGCAACCACAUCAGCCUGCGGCGCAAGGGCGCCCGCCGUGGCCAGGUGAUCAGCGUGCGCAUCCCGCCCCGCUACAGGCGCUACUUCAAGAACGGCCAGAAGGUGAUGCUCAACACGGGCAGUCGGCCCGCCACCAAGCGCCGCGUCGUCCGCAAACGCGUGCCGGCCAAGAAGAUCAACAGGAACAACAACCGCAACGGCAACAUCAACAGGCGUCGCAACGGCAACAACAACAAGAAGAAUCGCCGCAACAACCGCAACAAGAACCGUCGCAAUCGCAUCACCGCCGUGUAAAGGGGUUCCUGGAUCGGGAGCGCAGGAUCACUCGGUCGAUCCGCCACCCACACCCCCACCCCCACCCCCACUAGCCGACAUGAACAAUUUUUUUUUUUUCUAAUUUAUUGUAGCCUUACUUCGAGACUGCCACACUUCCUGCGGCGGGACAUAUGACAUU